GUUUAGCAAUAACUGGGGAUAAAGCUUACCGGUAGCUAGGGCCGGUAACCAUUUCUGAAAGUUUGUAUUUUUGGCUUCCUUGUCAGUUCUUCCAGCUAUACGAUUGUCCUAUUAUAAUACAAAGUUGCUUGGUUGUUGUCUUUCUUAAGUGUUGGCUCCUUUUGAACGGGAGGAGCCUUUCGUCUUUUCACAGCGGCCUCUUGUUGCGCGAAAACUCGCGCGUUUCCGUUCCGCAUGGCGAACUAGCGCAAAGUAGAGUCCAUCAUGAGAUCAGCUACCCGGUAUGCCUCCCGUAAGGGAGGUCCAGGAAUACCAGUUCACACAUUGAUCCUGCUUGCGGGCCUCGCGCUGGCCGUCGGCGUUAUGGUUUGGUCGCUGCAUACUGUCCACCACCACCACGAUGUAGUCCAACAGCCAAGAAGGCUAGGCGAGGCAGGAAGCAUGGUCGUGAACGGUGCUGGAGGUGAGACAACGGACAACUCGAAUUCCGGGAGCAGCAGCAGCGUAAGCAGUAGCACUAGCGGCAGCGGCAAUGGGGGCGACAAAUGUCACAUCGAUGACAACAACGAGUACCACGGCGACGUGGUAACUUGGGGCGACAAGAACAUCAAGGCCAGCGCUGCGGAGUGUUGCGAUUCGUGCGCCACCUCCCCCGGCUGCAACAUCUGGGUCUACUGCGGGCGGGAGGAGGGGUGCGGAUACACCACCCCGCCGAGACCCAAGGGCGAGUGCUGGCUGAAGCGCAACAGUCUGUCGUACAUCAUGGACAACUACGGGCAGGGGCACUCGGGCAUCUCCUGGACUGCGGGGGCGGUGUACAGCCAGGAGGAGUACGACACAUACCUGCGGGAACACGAGGCGGCGCUCAAGGCGGAGGAGGAGCGGCUGAAGCGACUGAGGGAGGAUCCGGAGCUGCCGCUGGUCUGGAUUGAGGUGGCCCUGAACGGCACGUUGCUGGGUCGCAUCGAGAUGGUGUUGUUCGUGAAGGAGUCGCCGAGGGCAGCAGAGAACAUGCGGUUGCUGUGCAGCGGCGAGAAGGGCACCAACACGCAGGGCCGCCGCUACCACCUCAAGGGCAGCUACUUCUACCGCAUCAUAGACCGCUUCAUCGACCAGACGGGGGCGGAGGCGGACGGCAUCUACGACGGGGAGUUCCACGAUGACCCGGGGGGCCUGGCGCUGAAACACACACACAAGGGUCUCCUCUCCAUGGCCAACGGCGGCCCCAACACCAACGGCGGCCACUUCUCCCUCAUCAUGGGCCCGGCACACCACUUGGACGGCAGCUACACCAUAUUCGGGGAGAUCGUGUCGGGCAUCCAGGUGGCUGAGCGAGUGAACCAGCUGGCCAAGGGGCGGCCCAACAACGAGCUGCUGCAGUCCAAGGCGGCUCAGAUCGUGGAUGCGGGGCAGACCCGCCCCGGCAGCAUCGUGAGCAGCCCGGAGUUCAGGGCGGUGGUGGAGGCGGAGCAGCGCAGAGUGGCGUGGAGGAGCAAGCAGCCCCCGGGCGAGCUGCAGCGGCUGCGCAAGUUGUACGAGGACAGCGCCCUGCCGCUGGUGUACCUGGAUGUGGCCAUCAAGGGAGUGUACGCGGGCCGCAUCGAGAUGGUGUUGUUCGUGAAGGAGUCGCCGCUGGCUGCCGAGAACUUUAGGCUGCUGUGCACGGGCGAGGCGGGAGUGGCGCCCCCGGGGCAUGAGGGAGCGGGCAAACCCUACCACUUCAAGGGAAUCUACUUUUACCGCAUCAUCGAGGGCUUCAUCGACCAGGCGGGGCAGGUCACCGACUCGCCGCUGGGGGGGCUGUUUCGGGACGACAGCGAGGGACUGAAGCUGCAGCACACGCACAUGGGUCUCCUCUCCAUGGCUAACAUCGGGCCCAAUACCAACGGCGCGCACUUUUCCAUCAUCAUGGGCGCCCCCCGCCACCUGGACGGGCACUACACCAUAUUCGGGGAGAUCGUGGACGGGCACCACGUGGCCUACGAGAUCAACGCGCUGGCCCACGGGGAGCCCGGCAACGAACACUCGGGCAGCAAGGACGCGCAGAUUAUCGACAGCGGCGAGAUCCGCCGUGGCACGCACUGGCACUCGCCCGCCUUCCAGUCGGCUGUGGAGGAGGAGCGCAAGCGGAUCAAGGCGACCUGGCAGGCGCCCAAGUAAUGCUGUGGGGAUGACAUGUGAUAGAGGAUGGAUUGAUGGUGAUGCGGGUGAUGAUGAUGGAGAGGAGGAGGAAGAGGAGGAUCAGGAUUUAGGCAUGAUGUGGGGCCCCCAUGACGUGAAGGGCUUACUAAAGGAGUGAGUACAACACGUCUGCUUGUAUCAGAUUAAAGGAAUCGGGUCCCCUACGCGCGUGCGUGCGGGAAUGAAGCGCUGUGUAGGAGGGUAAAGAGGAAACGACUAACGAACCGUGUGAUAAGGCAUCAUUUAGUAUGGAGGGGGUUAGAUGCGUGUAGGCCUACCGAGCUGUACUGUUGCGUGCUGUCAUGCAUUGCAUUGCAGCGCGCCAGCCACGUGCGGCGUUCCUCCUCCCCACACUUUGGAAUUUCUUUUUCCCCCCACGCCAAGGGUACAUGUACAUGUGUGGACAUGCGGGAGCGGGCUGCAGGGACCCCCCCAGUGAUCCCACCAUGCUCGCUUUACCUUACUUGUUGGCCCGACGUUUGCUAACCGAUUAGGAAUUACACCACAUGAUUUGCUCUUCGUGUCUCCCCCCCACUGUAUUUCACUAUCAGGCCUAGCAGCAACUUUCCCUGCCCUUGCUGCAUGCAACCCAGGCUAGCUGCAGGUGCAGGGGACAAUGCUGCAAGAGACGUUCGUAAGAAUGGUUUAAAA